ACUACCUGUCACACAAAUGCUGUGGUGACCACAUCUCCUUGCCCUUUCCAUCUCCCCUGGCAACCUUAAGCACUAGCAGAGGUGAGCCAACUUGGGAGGCACGCAUGUGCGUGCGCGAGUUUGUGUGUGUGUGUGUGUUUAGAUGGAGGGGGCUUCCAGCCACACCCGCCAUCUGUCUGCUGGGCCAUACGUCGACCCCUCCUUCUUGCAUGUUUUCUGCCCAAAUCCUCAUCUGCUUGCGCCUACCAUCUUCCUCCCACCAAGAUACUGGUUUGCUCGCCCUACACUACCCCCGCCAGGGCCCCGCCUUCUCGCGAUCAGGGCUUAGCUCUGGGAGACGCGGAGCUGGGGGGCCCAGAGCAUGGCCAGACGCGGUUGGUUGGAGAUCUGCCACCCACACCCUGAACUUCGCAAGGCUUUGGAGGGGCGGGGUCUCGCGCCCGGUUAUUUGGCGUCCUCUCUUCUUCCCCCUCAAUAGGGGCGAAACGUCUUUGGGCAAGAUGGGUCUCUACCGCGUCCGCGUGUCCACCGGGUCCUCGUUCUGCGCGGGCUCCAAUAACCAGGUGCACCUGUGGCUGGUCGGCGAGCACGGGGAGGCGGCGCUCGGGUGGCGCCUGCGGCCGGCGAGGGGCAAGGAGGUGGAAUUCCAGGUGGACGUGUCCGAGUACCUGGGGCGGCUGCUGUUUGUGAAACUGCGCAAACGGCACUUCCUCUCGGAUGACGCGUGGUUCUGCAACUGGAUCUCCGUGCAGGGACCCGGGGCCAGCGGGAACGAGUUCAGGUUCCCGUGCUAUCGCUGGGUGGAGGGCGACGGCGUCCUGAGCCUGCCCGAGGGCACCGGUCGAACGGUGGGCGAUGACCCUCAAGGUCUGUUCAAGAAACACAGGGAAGAGGAGCUGGUAGAGAGAAGGAAGCUGUACCGGUGGGGUAACUGGAAGGACGGGUUAAUUCUGAAUAUAGCUGGGGCCACAAUAAACGACCUUCCUGUAGAUGAGAGAUUUCUGGAGGACAAAAGAAUUGACUUUGAGGCCUCACUGACCAAGGGGCUGGCAGACCUAGCUAUCAAAGACUCUUUAAAUAUUCUGACUUGCUGGAAAAGUCUGGAUGACUUCAACAGGAUUUUCUGGUGUGGGCAGAGCAAGCUGGCUGAGCGGGUGCGGGACUCCUGGAAGGAGGAUGCCUUAUUUGGGUACCAGUUUCUCAAUGGCACCAACCCCAUGUUGCUGAGACGCUCCGUUCGCCUUCCUGCCCGCCUGGAGUUUCCUCCAGGGAUGGGGGAGCUGCAGGCCGAGCUGGAGAAGGAGCUCCAGCAAGGCACACUAUUUGAAGCUGACUUCUCCUUGCUGGAUGGAAUCAAGGCCAACGUCAUCCUGUGCACCCAGCAGUACGUGGCUGCCCCUCUGGUUAUGCUGAAACUGCAGCCCGAUGGGAAACUCUUACCCAUGGUCAUCCAGCUCCAACUGCCACACAAGGGGUCCCCACCCCCACCGCUUUUCCUGCCCACGGAUCCCCCGAUGACCUGGCUCCUGGCCAAGUGCUGGGUCCGGAGCUCUGACUUCCAGCUUCACGAGCUGCACUCUCAUCUCCUGAGGGGACACUUGAUGGCUGAGGUCAUCGCUGUGGCCACCAGGAGGUGCCUUCCGUCUAUACAUCCUAUGUACAAGCUUCUCAUUCCACACCUGCGAUACACCAUGGAAAUUAACAUCCGGGCCAGGACUGGGCUGGUCUCUGACUCCGGAGUCUUCGACCAGGUGGUGAGCACAGGUGGGGGCGGCCAUGUGGAGCUGCUCCAGCGAGCAGGAGCCUUUCUAACCUAUAGCUCCUUCUGUCCCCCUGAUGACCUGGCUGACCGGGGGCUCCUGGGAGUCAAGUCUUCUUUCUAUGCCCAAGAUGCCCUGAGGCUCUGGGAAAUUCUCUCUCGCUACGUGGAGGGGAUUGUGAGUCUCCACUAUAAGACGGACGAGUCUGUGAGAGAUGACACUGAGCUGCAGGCCUGGUGUCGAGAGAUCACUGAGAUCGGGUUGCUGGGGGCCCAGGACCGAGGGUUUCCUGUCACCCUACAGUCCAAGGACCAGCUUUGCCACUUUGUGACCAUGUGUAUCUUCACCUGCACUGGCCAGCACUCCUCCACUCACCUGGGUCAGCUGGACUGGUACUCUUGGGUCCCUAACGCACCCUGCACAAUGCGGCUGCCCCCACCGACCACCAAGGAUGUGACACUGGAGAAAGUGAUGGCGACACUGCCGAACUUCCAUCAGGCUUCUCUCCAGAUGUCCAUCACUUGGCAACUGGGCAGACGCCAGCCCAUCAUGGUGGCUCUGGGUCAGCAUGAGGAAGAGUACUUCUCAGGCCCUGAGCCCAAGGCUGUGCUAAAGAAGUUCAGGGAGGAGCUGGCUGCCCUGGAAAAAGACAUCGAGAUCCGGAAUGCCCAGCUGGACUGGCCCUAUGAAUACCUGCGGCCCAGCCUGGUGGAAAACAGCGUGGCCAUAUGAGCACCCCCAGCCAUGGGUUGUUUCAGCCCUCUUCCACCAAACCCCAUCCUGUUCCCAACCUCCACCUUCCCCCAAAUCACCUUUCCACUGUCCACACCCACCAUAAACAAAUCUGACUUUAGAUACACCACCUAGGGAAGUUAUUCCCAUUUCUUCCUCCCUGCCCCUGCCCUUCCUCCUUGAUCAUUCAGAUCUCCCAUUGAGCAGGUAAUAGCCACAUUUAUACAAACAGUUUCAAGAAUAGAAUAGGGUAUAAUACAUAUUACUCCAUACCUUUAGAAUCAAGUAUGACUUUGAACCUAAAUUGAGUUUAAUGACAAGAAAAAUGGCAUUUUAGACUAAGGAAAGAAAAGAAUUUAGUCCAAACUCCUAAAUCAAGGGCUUCCCCGGUGGCUCAGUGGUAAAGAAUCCACCUGCAAUGCAGGAGAUGCAGGUUUGAUCCCUGGGUAGGGAAGAUCCCCUGGAGGAAGGCAUGGCAACCUGCUCCAGUAUUCUUGCCUGGAGAAUCCCAUGGACAGAGCCUGGAGGGCCAUGGUCCAUUGGGUCACAAAGAGUUGGACACAACUGUAGUGACUGAGCAUGCACACAUGCAUCCCAAGUCAAAUACUGGCAGAAGAAUAUACAGCAUAACUUUUUAACCGGGUGGGAUUCACCACUUGUCCUGAAACCAGACACAACACGAAGCAAUUAACAUUAACACAGCAGUUCUCACAAUUUUCAUUUCAUGACUCACUCAGUUAGAAAAUGAUCAAUGGAAGGAAACUGGUUAAACUACAGAAACUACUCUCAGCUGGAGGUAUCUGGCCUGUGUUUUGCCCAAGGGAUCCUUAUCUGUAACCCAUUUGCACUUCAUCAUUUGGGAAGCACCAAAUAAAAAUGAUUAGCUAGAAAAGUACUAAAAAUCUCAUUAUUUUAACAAGCGACAACAAAGGCGUCAGUAAAAUCCAACUUCUGUAUCUGAUUAAAAUUUUGGAAAAAUAAACGAGGAAAUUUGA